UAAGCCCUCCCAAUUCCCAUCUAUUUCUCCAAGUCGAUUCAGUCUUCUUCACGUCCAUGAUCUUCUUCUUUAGAUAAUAGCUUGGUUUAGAACAUAAAGAGUCAAUAAUGGAGAAAAAUGAAGUGGGUGUUUAUUGGGUUUGAAGAAGAAAGGGGAAAUUAUUGGUUCAAAAGGGCUGAUUUUGUGUAGUUUUUGUGGUUUAGUGCAUAAAACAAGUGAAGAACUGAAGUGGGUGUUUUCCUGGUUUUGAAGAGGUAAGGUGAUUCUUUUGUUCAAAGUGGUGAUCUUUGUAUAAUUUUGGUUCUCUCAGGAGCUCGGUUUAGUUCGUAAACCGGUCCAGGUUGAAAUUUUCAGUUUGAAGGACUGAUCUUUGUGUAAGUUUGGUUCACAUUGGUGCUUUGUGUAGUGCAUAACUUUGGUUGAGAAGAUUUUUGUUUGGAAUGGAAGGGGUGAUGGGUGGAAACACUGCUCAAACAAGUUCAAUCAAUAAAUCCCAAGUUCUGGAUGUAAAACCGGUUCGCACUUUGGUUCCUAUAUUCCCGGGGCCGUCCGAGGGUGCUCCUUUUGUUUGUGUAUCUCCUAACGGCCCUUUCCCGUCCGGGUUUUCGCCCUUUUUCCCAUUUAGCGGAUCAAGCCCUAACCAAAACGGUGUCAAUCCAACUGCUUCACCGAUUCGGCCGUUCACGGUCGAACCUUCUAAUGGCCAAAACGUAUCACCGAUGGCUGCACAUGGCAAUCAAGGACAGAAACCGGCUACACCGAUGGCUGCACAUGUUAAUCAAGGACAGAAACCGGCUACACCGAUGGCUGCACAUGGUAAUCAAGGACAGAAACCGGCUACACCGGUGGUGGAUGGACAUGGUAAUCCUAUCAAGAAAAGGGGUAGGGGAAGACCGAGGACUCGGUUUCCUUAGUAGCUGCUGCUCGGUAAUCUCAAUCCUGGAAUUAGUGUAUCUGAACAAUAAGAUGUUAACAUGGAUGAAUAUGUUGGAAAACUUGGGCUUUUAGGUUUUGUGCAUUUAGGAGAACAGAUUAGCCAAAAGGAAGAUGCUGAAAACGAAUAGAAUAUUCCGACAUCAUUGGAUACAGGGUUGUGGAUCGAUACGAGAAAGAUGAUCGGGCCUGUUCGGUGUCGGAAUCGUAGGCGGUCGUUUUCUUCCUAAUGGUGAUUUACAGGGAGAGCUUGUACUAUCCGUUGAGAUCCUUGUGUCUGUUUUCGAAUUUGUGUAGACUCCGGGUUUACACGAGUACUUUAAGUAAAAUGAAG